AUGUCGGCUGCGAAGCCAGAGAAGGCGCAGGCGCCUCCAUUAGCCUCUCAGGCUAAUAAUUCUGGUCAAGUCUCGCAUCAGCAGCAGCAACAUCAGCAGCAGCAACCACAUCAACCACAUCCUCAUAACUAUCACCAAGGCCAAGUAGUUUACCAACAGCCGUACAACAAUCAUAUGCAGUCUUAUCAACAACAAGGACCUCCAGUUUGGAAUCAGCCACCGCAGAGUGCUGUGCACUAUGUUCACUAUGGUCCACAACAAGGUGAGCCUGUAAAUUAUCAAGAAACAGGCAAAGUGCAAGGAUACAAUCAUUAUGGAACGGUCCAUUUUACGCAGCCAAUGGAUAAUGGAGGAAUGAUGAUGGGUGACAAUUCAGCAGGAUACGGCCCUCAACAAUAUUCUCAAACGUGGUAUCCACCGGGCUCACAACAGCAAACGACCCAAUUCAUUCCGACUUAUGCGACCACUUUCAACGUAGCUAAUGAUCCUGCCUACCACCCCGAUCAUCCGAUGAACCGUCCAAAUGGACAACGCCAGGAUGAGUAUCAAAGCGGUAACGAGUCAACAUCGGCUAACUAUAUGCAAUUCGUUCCGUUUGUGGCUCCAAUCGUGGAGAGCCAGGCUCACGCAUCGGCUUCCUACACUGCCAACUGGGUCAGCUCCACAUCAAGCAUUCCACCGGAAAUGAAGGAUAAACCGGAGGAAAAUUGCUUCCACAAUGACGACGGUCCUCGCUCGUCCAGUCAAAUGAAUGGCGAAAAUUGGACGGAUCGCGAGAAUCACAUGUCACCAUCCACCACGCAACAGCCGUUCCAAUUGCCUCAGCAGUCACGGCCGUCACCAUAUGUUGAGAAGGACAAAGCAGCGUCGCAAAUCACAACAAAAACGUCUAAAAGUGCAAAAGGAGAGAGAAGCGAGGAAGGCCGAGAAUUGACAUUUGACGAGAGAUUGGAGAAAGCUCGUAUGCAGAAGACAAGAGCUGAGAACAAGGGAACCAAUGGGGAAUCCAGUUCCCAUCUUGCGGCACAGCAUGGAUCCAACCAAGCUGUCUCUCCAUCAUCCGGGAACACUCCACGCUCAUAUGGCCAACGAAAAGAGUAUUCUGGACCACCAAGAAGCAAUGGCGGAGGAUACCAAAAUAAUAGCAGCCAGAAUAAUAUGAGAGGUGGAAACAAUCAGGCGCGUGGUGGUGGUAGUGGUAACCAUAACUACAACGGAAACAACAAUGGCGGAGGAGCCGGAGAGCAGUAUCCACGGAAGCAGCAGCAGCAGCAACCACAGCAGUAUCAUCAACAACAACAGCAUCCAAAUGCAAACCAAGGACGGGAUAGAAACAACUCAAAACGGGUGAAUGACUACAGUGCUUAUCGUUAUGAAGUGAGUGAAGACAACAAUCAAAAUAACUCAUCAUACAAUCAACGAAACAUGCAACAAAAUCAGGUGGUACCGGAGUUCGGCCGAUCGCCAAACUACAAAGGAAAGAAUCCUCGUCCUUAUCGUGGAGGAUACCAGGGACAAGGACUUCAACAUCAGCAACCACCACCGCCUCCACAACAACCCAACGAAGGAGUUAACCGUUAUCAAGGAGCCCCACAAAUCAUGAAUCCUCAAGUGAUGUCCACGAUGAACGCUUUCCAGAACACCCACAUCGGAAACGUGCCACUAGGAGGCCAUAGAGCUCCACUUCUCCCAGGACCAUUUGGAAUGACACGUCCGCCACAGAUUCAGCAGGAUGCCAAAUUCCAUAACACAUGGCUCGAUGCAGCAAGCUGUCCUAUGCCACUAGCUGCUGUAAUGAGUAUGGACACAAGAUUCGGAGGAUUCGCUCCAUCUUAUCGUGGUCGUGGACGUGGAGGUGCUGGUGGAUUUGCUAUUCGUGGAGGCUUUCGGGGGACAUAUGAGAAUCCAAGGUACACUGGAAGGCCUGCUGCGGAGCCGGUGAUAGCAACGCCGAGAGUUGUUAAACAGAAUGAUUCUACGAAACCUGAUGAGACUCAGCCCGAAAAAGCAGAAGAAAAAGUGGAGGCAAAAGAGGAGUCAGAAGUUGAGAAGAAAGUUGAGGAGCCAGCAGAGGAUGCUCAGCCUGAGACAAAGCUAGAGACUCCAUCAGAGGUCAAGCCAACAGUUACUAUCAAUAUCCAACCGGAAACUCCAAAACACAAUGCAUCCGAAGAAAAGAAGAAAGACGAACAUAAAUAUUCUGAAAAAAAACCUGCCAAUAAAGCCAAUGAAGAUAAGACCACUGAUGAGAGUGCGUCGGAUGUCGGAUCGACAUAG